AACACACUCAGAAACGCGAGUACAGCGCACCAAUUUCGAGCCCUAAUCAUUUGAAUUGGCAAAAACUGUACUCUCUAUACUCGUCAUUCUUCUUUGCUGUGAUCAUCACAAUUCUCUACUAGCACUGCAAAAUAGUGGCCAAUUAUGAACGGACGUGUUUUCAGGCACAAGGUUGACUACCUGGAUUGGAGGAACACAUCUUGCCUCAAUGGUUAUAGACCUUGAGCAUCCAUCAAGCGAUCAUCACAUGGAGAAAGAAGACUGUGGGCACCAUACACAUAUAAGGAUUGAACAUGGAAGAGGAGAACUUUCCGGUACAGAUGGAGCUACUGUCACUGUUUCGAAGAGUAUUUGCCUGGACAGAGUAAAUGCAGGAACUGGUUGGAAAGAAGGAACAUCUAAUGGUGCCUAUGUAUUGCCGAAUGCAGAUUCUUUGGCCGUGAAUUGCUAUAGGAGUUUGGAGCCUCAUGAUGGUAUGGAAUUCGAUUCGAAGGAGGAUGCCUUUUCGUUUUACAAAGAAUAUGCUAAGUCCAUUGGAUUUUCCUCAAUAACAAAGGCUAGCCGUCGAUCAAGAAUUUCUGGAAAGUUUAUUGAUGCAAAAUUUGUUUGCAGUAGGUAUGGAAGUAUGCGAGAACCUUCUAAGUCUGUUAUAGAACCUGUUCCAAGUGCCGAUGGUGCAGGAAGUAUUCCUGUGAGGAGAAAAAAGGGUAGAAUAAACAGGUCUUGGUCAAAAACAGAUUGUAAGGCUUGCUUGCAUGUAAAGAGAAGGUCUGAUGGAAGGUGGAUUAUUUGUACUUUUGUCAAAGAGCAUAACCACGAGAUAUUUCCAGAUUGGACCAACUACCUUCGAGGUCAUAGGAACACUGAUUUGGGUAAGAAUGGUGCAGAUGCAUUUCAUUCUAUCUGUGGGAGGACGAAAAAGACUUAUGCGACAAUGUCUAGGCAAUCUGGUGUGAUGAAGAAAGUUGAGAAGCAAAAUAAUGUUGGCACAAAUAGUAGUCCUCAAUCUUUGGCUUUAGAUGAGGGAGAUGCACAAGUUAUGCUUGAGCAUUUUCUUUACAUGCAAGAUGAAAAUCCAAACUUCUUUUAUGCAAUGGAUUUGAAUCAAGAGCAACGCUUGAGAAAUGCAUUUUGGGUUGAUGCUAAAGGAAGGAUUGACUAUAGUAACUUCAGUGACGUAGUUCUUGUUGACACUACAUAUAUAAAAAAUGAUUAUAAGUUGCGGUUUGUUCCUUUUAUUGGUGUUAAUCAUCAUUGUCAGUCCAUAUUGCUUGGGUGUGGGCUGAUUUCCAAUGAGAGUAAGUCGACAUUUGUUUGGUUGAUGCGAGCAUGGCUUAGCGCAAUGGCUGGACAAGCUCCAAAAGUUAUACUGACCGAUCAAGACAAAACAUUGGAAGAAGUUAUUGCUGAUGUUUUACCAGAUUCCUGCCAUUGCUUUUGUUUGUGGCACGUACUGAGUAAUAUCCAGGAGAAGCUUGGUCAUGUCAUUAGGCAGCAUGAAAAUUUUCUCGCCAAAUUUAAUAAAUGCAUUUUGAGGUCUGCGACCAAUGAAUUGUUUGAAAAGAGGUGGUGGAAGGUGGUUGAUAGAUUUGAUUUGAGGAAUGACUUGUGGAUUAAAUCAUUGUACAAAGACCGCCUAAGGUGGGUACCAACAUUCAUGAAUAAUAUCUUCUUGGCAGGAAUGUCUACAAUGCAACGGUCGGAAAGCGUGAGCCCUCUUUUAGACAAGUGCAUGCUAUGCAAGACGACACUGAAGGAGUUUCUAGACCAGUAUAAGAAACUGCUGCGAGAGAAAUAUCAAGAAGAGGCAAGCUUUGAUUCUGUGACGAGGCAUAAACAACCAGGACUGAAAUCUCCCUCCCCUUAUGAAAAGCAGAUGGCAACUUUAUACACUCAUACAAUAUUCAAGAAAUUCCAAGUCGAGGUUUUGGGAGUGGUUGCAUGUCACCCUAAAAAAGAAAGUGAUGAUGGUGCAGCUGCCACAUAUAGAGUCCAUGACUUUGAAGAAAAUCAAGAAUUCGUUGUUGUAUGGAGUGAGAAGACAUCUGAUGCUUCAUGUUCUUGUCAUUUGUUCGAGUACAAUGGAUUUCUUUGUAGACACGUGAUGAUAGUUCUUCAAAUGGCUGGUGUGCAAAACAUCCCCUCUAAAUAUAUUUUAAGUCGCUGGACUAAAGGUGCAAAGAGUAGAGAGAAGACGAGGGAAGUAAGUUUGGUUGAUUCGAGGGUUCAACGAUAUAAUGACCUAUGUCAAAGGGCAUUUGAGCUAGGUGAUGAAGGGUCACUAUCUCAAGAGAGUUAUAAUAUUGUCUUCAAUGUGCUGGAAAAUUUUCUAAGAAGAUGUGAGGCUGUGAAUGAUCCAAAUUUAAUUGAGCUAGAACCUUGUUUUCCCCCAAAUCAAGUAUUUAUAGAUAGCAACAACCCAAGCAAGAGUAACGGAAAGAACAUAGCAAGAAAAGAGAAGGUAUAUACAGAACAAAAGAUUAUAUCCGUGGGGAUAAACAGUAGAUGGCAACAGAUGGGGCAAUCAGGUUUGAGAGAACCGACUGUUGAUUAUCCUUUUCAAUCACAUUCAGUCAUGCAGCCAAUGGGCCAAAUAAAUGCUAGAUUUCCAACUCCAGAUGGCUACUAUAGCAGCCCCCAAAUGAUUCAAGGAGUGGGACAAUUGAAUACAAAUAUCCAAGCUUAUGGCAACCAACCAAACAUGCCGGGGCUGGGACAGUUGAAUACAAUUGCUUCAAUUGCAGAUUGCCCUUAUCUCUCUCAACCUACAUUCCAUGUACUGGGGCAAAUGUAUUUUAGGCCAGCAGUUGCUCAAAGUUCUUUUGGUGUUAAGAAAAGUUUGCAGGAGUCUAGCAUGGCUAAUACACAGAUGCUGCGCUUGACAUCGGAGAACUUGGGCUUGAAGAAUUAAUCUUUGAUAACUUCUCACACUGUCGAUCCAUGACCAACUUCACUAUCUGGUAGUUUGUACAUAUAUGAGAUUGUCACCUUUGUGCAUAGAACUUCAACAGGUGCGAUGAUUAUCUUUUUGUUCUGAUGUCUUUUGUAGCUUCUGUAACUUGACAAAAUGUGGAAAAAUUAUGUGAAGUGUGGAAAAAAUGAGGGCGAAGGCGUAAGUUUUUUUUAUAUUUAUACUUUUUACACUGGAAGGGGGAAGAGGAAGUUUGGAAGUGUAAAACUAGGUCAGUUCUAAUUUCACUAGUGAAAUAUACAGGUUUAGAUGUAGAGAUUACUUUAAGAUGUCCAAAAAUAGAAGUCCAUUUUUGUUUUAGAAUAGAAAAGAAUUGUGUCCUCUGUCUUAACUGGACGCUUCAAUUGUUUUUUUUAAUUAAAUGUAAUAAAAAGGUAGGAAUAGGACGAAAACAGCAGGAUAUUGUACUUGCACUACGCGCCUGGCUGGCUGUAGAUUGUUGCAGUACAGGAUAGCUACUCUAAUGCUGCCUCAAAAUAGCCCCUCUUCAUGCCUUUUGCAGUGGGGAGUUCUCAUGGUAUUAUGCCUUUUUCUUUCUUUACCUUACGAGUAUGUAAUUUUAGGAAUGCCAAGUAUUUGAAAGGUUUUACUGCCUAUUGCAGGAAGAAACUAACCAAGAGUUGCCGGAGAUGAAGUUACAUGGGUGCUGAAAAUUGUGUAUGAGCACUAACAAUAUACAUAGGAUUGAUUUUAAUGUCCCCAUAGAUCUGUUGGGAUGUAACAAUAUUCUAGGCAUCAGGGUUGAUAUUAGGAGAUACAUAUAGUCUCGUCAACUCCUCCACUAAACCCCUCCAAGUCUCACCUUAAAUGGGUCACGUAAAUAUUUUUGCAUUCGUUGAGCUCAAACUAGAAUUAGUGUAAAAAUGUAGUAGUUUAAGUACAGAUCUAUCAUCUGUACCUUCAAGCGCUCCGCUUCUCAUGAUUUGAUCUAUUCCUCAUUCUGCA